AUGUUCACCAAUGUUAGGUUGGCUGAUCCAGAUGGAUAUUUUCAGGCACAACAUUUGGUUACGAACUUACUUUUAUUUGAUACGGCUGUGAUCAUGCCUGAUCUAGCCGGCUUUAAUGAUGCCAUGGGCGGUACCUCUCCACGCAUGACGAUUGGUGGCAGCGGAUCUGGAAAGCUCCACCCAUUCUCUUCUCCAUUAACGAAGGCCGAAAAUCGAAGGUCCAAGAACCACUUCUAUGUCCUGACGAACGGUUGCGAGCAACGUCUUGAGUUGCCGACCUCUUCGACACCUUCAUAUGGGCUGCGGAGCCAGAUCUAG